UCUGGGGGGAGGUGGUGCGCUUUAACGUGGCGCACGUGCUGCCGGUUUUCCGACUUGCAGAAGAAGACGCCGACGAGAGGACAAGAGGAAGAAAAAUGACAGGGCGCGCGAAAAGAAAACCCAAACCCAUUCAGGAGUCGAGCGCAGGCAACGGUGAGCUGAAGAAAGCCCGUACCGAUGAAUCCAAAGCCAUGUCAAAGGUGGAUACAGAGCAACGUGAUGAGAUGACGCGACUGUACAAGCUUCAGAUGCCAGAAGAUCUGUACCACUUCUGGGAUUUCUGCAAGGAUCUUUGUCCCGAUGACCCACGUGGUGCGCUGAAAGACACACUGGGUUUGCAGCUGGUUGGUCCUUUUGACGUUCUGGCUGGAGCUCACAAAAACUCAAAGAAUCCUCAGCCUAACUUCCAUCUUCACUGGAGGUAUAUUUAUGACCCACCUGAGUUUCAGACCAUACUUCUCGGAAGUGAGGACAGCCAGCAUCACAUUGGUUAUUACAGAGACACUCCAGACUCCCUCCCUUCGUUUGUUGGGGAAAGUGAAGCCAAGAAAGGCUGCGCUAUCGCACAGAUGGGGGACAACUUGUUUGCUGCUGUCCUCCUGUAUCUGCUUAGGAAGAGGAAAGGGAGGGGCAGCAAGAAACCAGCAGGAGAAGCUCUGGAAAGCUUGGAGGCGAAGCUGAGAGACGGGACAGAGACUCUGGGCUUGUCUCUAGAGCAGAAGACCAAAGGCAUGAAGCAGAGGGACAAGAAGGUUGUUACAAAGACGUUCCACGGUGCUGGCAUCGUUGUGCCUGUAGACAAGAAUGAUGUAGGAUACAGAGAGCUACCAGAAACAGAUGCUGGUCUCAAAAAGAUCUGCAAGGCAAUUGCUGAAGCGCAGAAUGACGGAGAGCGAGUCAAAGCCUUUGGACCUCUCCAGGAGAUGAUCACAUUUGUUCAGUUUGCCAACGAUGAAUGUGACUAUGGAAUGGGUUAUGAGUUAGGAAUAGACCUCUUCUGUUAUGGAUCUCAUUAUUUUCACAAGGUAAUCAAGCAACUUCUGCCAAUGGCCUACAGCUUGCUGAAAAGAAGUCUAUUUGGGGAAAUUUUGGAGGCCCACCUCUCCAGCCGUAGCCAUGACAACCUGGACCAACUCUCUGCACAUUAGAAAGACUCCGACAUUCUUAUCAGUUCUUGCCCUUAUAAGCUUUUCCCACCAUGUCUUCUGUUGUUUGGCAAUGUUAAUGUUUCUUGGUGGUUUUGGUGCUGCUGUCGUUGAUUGGAACCAUUUCAAUGAUAUUUUGUUUGUAAAAGGUAGAUGUUUAAUAAAAUAUUUUUAUAUUUUUA